GAUUGGAACGGUCCCGACAAAAAGCCGACAGGAAGGAGACCGUUGAACCGAAUCGCUCUCGCCCUGCCUCGUCGCGGCGAAACGCACGAGCGGGCUCGGCCUCGCACGGCUGGGGAAGAAGAUAGAGAGCCGGAGAGAUGGCGUCGCGACUCAUCCGGUCCCUCCGGCGGCGGCGGGAGGAUGACGUGAAGCCGGACAUGGAGGGAUCGGUGGUGGGAUCGGUCGAAGGGGGGCCCACGGGCUUCGCAUCGCUCAAGCAGUUCGAAAAGAUGCACCGCUUCGACCCGAAUCUACCCUUGGACGAGCUGGAGGAGGUCGGCAACGCGCUGGAGACGGCCAAUCUCGAGAAGGGGGCCGAGAUUGAACAGAUCCUGGCCGAGGAUAACUCGCCAUAUCCAGAAGUACGAGCCUCGGUCCGGAAUUUCGACGUCGAUAUGCCUGUCAAUACGAUACGGGCCUGGACCAUUGGCCUGCUCCUGUGCACGAUUGGGUCCGCAGUCAACAUGAUACUGUCGCUCAGGAAUCCCAGCAUCUCCCUCACGACCUUUGUCAUUCAGCUGAUCGCAUACCCUUUGGGCCUUGCCUGGGACUUGAUCUUCCCUGAUCGAGUCUUCAAUCUCUGGGGCCUCAAGUUCAACCUCAAGCCGGGGCCAUUCAACUUUAAAGAGCACGUCAUCAUCGUGGUCAUGUCGAAUGCUGCGUAUGGCGGUGGCGCGCUCUACGCCUCCGAUGUGAUUAUCGCUCAGCGCAUCUGGUACCACCAGAACUUUGGUUGGUUAUGGCAGCUCUUGUUCGGCAUCACGACGCUCUGCACGGGCUAUGGGUUGGCCGGACUGGCGAGGAGGUUCCUGGUCUGGCCUGCCGCCAUGAUUUGGCCGACCGAUCUCGUCAACUGUGCCCUAUUCUACACCCUACACGACCACUCUCCGACCGAUCCGACACGGACCAACGGCUGGUCCAUCAGCCGCUACAAGUGGUUCAUGCUUGUCUUCUUCGGGUCGUUUUUGUGGUAUUGGUUCCCCGGUUACCUGUUCCAGGGGCUCUCGUGGUUCUGCUGGCUCACCUGGAUCUGGCCCGACAAUGUCAUUGUCAACCAGCUGUUUGGGGGCUACAGCGGCUACGGCCUGUUCCCCAUUACUUUUGAUUGGAGUAUCAUCUCCGCCUAUGUCAUGUCCCCGCUCAUCCCGCCCUUCCACGCCAUCGCAAACGUCGUGGGAGGCGUCACCGUCUUCUUCGUUAUUAUCUCGAUCGGCAUCCAUUACUCGGGCAUGUGGUACUCGGCUUACCUGCCGGUCCAGAACUCGCACGCCUACGACAACACCGGCAAUCUGUACAAUGUCUCGGCGAUCCUUAACGACAAGAUGCAGUUCGACGAGGCCAAGUACCAUGCUUACUCGCCCCUAUAUCUCCCCACUCAGUUCGCCCUUGCCUAUGGCCUCUCUUUCGCCGCCCUCGCCGCCGUCAUCACCCAUGUCGCUCUGUACCACGGCUGCGAGAUUUGGACACAGUGGAAGCUGGCUCGGUCCCAAGAGGACGACGUCCACAUGCGGCUGAUGAAGAAGUAUCGCGACGCCGAGGACUGGUGGUACGCUCUGUUGUUCGUCAUCAUGCUCGGCCUUUCGUUCGCCGUCGUUUGCGCGUGGGACACCAACUUUCCCUGGUGGGCUUACGUCGUCUGCGUCCUGAUCCCCCUGGUGUGGACGAUCCCGAUCGGCAUCGUGCAGGCCAUCACCAAUAUCCAGCUUGGCCUCAACGUCCUUACCGAGUACAUCGUCGGCUACAUGCUCCCCGGCCGCCCCCUCGCCAUGAUGAUGUUCAAGAACUACGGCUAUCUCUGCAUGUCGCAGGCGCUCUACUUCGUCCAGGACCUCAAGCUCGGUCACUACAUGAAGGUCCCCCCGCGCGUCAUGUUCUGGUCCCAGCUGGUUGCGUCCAUCUGGUCGGCCGUCGUCCAGAUUGCCGUCAUGAACUGGGCGCUCGAGACCAUUCCCGACGUCUGCUCCGAGACCCAGGUGCACCAGUGGAACUGUCCCAGCGCCCGCGUCUUCUACACGGCCUCGAUCAUCUGGGGCGCCAUCGGCCCCCGCCGCAUGUUCUCCCACGGCGCCCUCUACAGCUCGCUGCAGUGGUUCUGGCUCGUCGGCGCCCUCGCCCCCGUGGCGACGUGGUUCCUCGCGCGCCGCUACCGCCGCGGCAUCUGGCGCUACGUCAACAUGCCCCUCAUCUUUGGCGGUUCAGGCAUGCUGCCGCCCGCCACCGUCUUCAUCUACUACUGCUGGGGCAUCGUCGGCACCGUCUUCAACUUCUUCAUCCGCCGCCGCCGCACCGGCUGGUGGCUCCACUACAACUACGUCACGUCAUCGGCCCUCGACUGCGGCCUGAUCGUCUCGACCCUCGUCAUCUUCUUUGCGCUCUACCUCAGCGGCACCGAGGCGCCCAAUUGGUUCGGCAACAGGGCCGCGCUGAGCACCAUGGACAUGCUCAGCAAGGCGGUGCAGAGCCCCGUCCCGCCUGGGGAGACGUUUGGGCCAAAGACGUGGGUUUGAAGAGAGGGUUUUGACAGAUUCUCUUUUCAAUAGAAAUGCUCUUGUUCCUUGUUUUCUUUUUCUGGUAAUGCGAUGACGGAGUGGGUCGGAGUCUAGGAGUU